AUGUUGUUGCUGGGAAACCUAGACGUACAACACAUGAAAGAUGACGAUGUCUCUAACCUCUCAACAAACCAAAAUCGUUCGGAGACUUUCAGGGCCGCCAUCUCUUCGCAACAUGAGAUGCCAGUGACCCGAUCGGGCCAUAUUGAUCAUGCCGCAGACCCUACGACACUUGGUGUCCAUCUCUACAAGGACCUCUCGAGCUCACGCACAUCGCAAUCAGACCCCAAUACCUUGACAUUGUUCGCAGACUGCGAGGGGUUCUUCGCUGGGGCGGCGCAAACGAAUGCUGAACGCUUUGCCACAGAUCAACGCAGAAUGCCGGCCAACGAAGAUGCUACGGAAGCGAACGUGUUGUACAAAGCGCCCGUGACCGCAGCCAGUUACUCUCGUCAUGGACAGCAAGGAGCAGAACUGUUCUACGCAAGAUUUCUUUACGCCGUCAGCGAUGUCGUCGUCUUUGUGACCAACGAGGAUCAGAACAUCACACUUUUGCUCGUGAGCGCGCUGGAGUGGGCAGCAACGGCAGUUAUGCACUCUGUUAAUUACCCUUCGCGGAAGACUCUCGUCAUCGUUCGCAAUGGCGCUCUUGGCCACAGCCAGCAAUUUGUCGAUAACGAGUCUCUCGAGAGACUAUACUUGGAGCGUCAGACCUUUUUGUGGAAAGCGUCACCCAUACUUCAGAAUUUUGUCAAUGAUUAUAACAGCAAACAGGAUGGAUUUAGCAAGCAUAUCUACCGGAAUCGAGACCUCUACGACGCAUUGUUUGAUAGAAUCAUUUGCUGUUGCAUACCUCAUAUCAAUGAUAUUGAGGAACGCGGAGACGAAACGAUGUUCACCCAAUACCUGAAACUACGGACCCUGAUCGACGAUGCCUCACAACGAGCAAUCAAUAUGCGUUCCAAAUUGUGGAUGAAGUACAAUGUUUCUUCCCUCUCUCAAAUCCUCUUUUCAGCUUUCGAACACUUUCGGACCAGCGACGAAGCAUUCAAUUUCAACAAGGCUGCGAGGGUCAGCAAGCCCAACCCCCAAUCGUUCUCCGACCAUAUUGCCAAUUUCCUUCGACUUGCAUUCAACUCACCGAUGUCUGUCCAAAUCAGGGCAAUGAUACCUGAUAUUGUCGCUCUGAGCUUUGCUGUUUGGUCAAUGAGGAAUCUCAUUCACGUGGUGGAUCCAGCAAGCCUAUUUGGCCGCGUCAUAAACGGUGACAAGGAUGAGUUCUCGCUGGCAGAGCACUGUCAGUCUGCCCUCCAAGAGUACGAAGAAAAGUACCAGCAAUGUGGGUAUAAGUUUUCGGAGAACGACCUUUGCACAAAUGGGCCGCCGGCUGCGCAUCAGCAACUACAUUUGUCGACAUCCAAGAAACGGGCGGACGGGGAAUUCACCCCCAGGCAUAGAUUGGACCCAAACCUGGUGAGUCUGAUUCGAGAUAGAUUCUUGGGGCUUUAUGAAAGUCUAGUGAGUGAUGGUGGGACCCGUCACCGGUCCAUGACCAAGCCCGCUCUAAGUAAGAUCAGGAGGGUUCGAGAAGCCGUCAUGCAGAAAUAUAUUAGGCAGUGGAGUUCGAUGACCAGCAAUAUCACCUGUCUUGCUUGUCUGCAGGCAGUACCCGAAAACGUCCUGCACUGCGGCCACGGAUUCUGUGUCCAAUGUGUUCGAGAACUGGGCCAGGCGUCAGAGAGCUUCGAGUCGGCUUGGACAUUCGAAGUCUGUCCACUUUGCAGCGCACGGACAUGUGACAGCUACUCACAUCUGAUAAGGGAAAGACCACGAUGUGCUGGCGCCCGAAUUCUGACGCUGGACGGAGGCGGAAUUCGAGGCAUCAUUGAGCUUGCUAUCAUACAAGAGAUGGAGAAGAGGCUGGGCUUGCAGAUUCCCUUCCGUGACUACUUUGACCUCAUAGUCGGGACAAGCACAGGUGGAGUUAUUGCGCUGGCCCUGGCAAUGGGAGACAGGGAUGCAAACACACAAACAACCUCGAUAACGAAGUCGUUCAAGGAUUUUGCAUCCUCAACUUUCCGCCAUCCCCGAGCCGGCAGUCUCCUGACGAAGAUUGGGCUUGGCCACUUUGUGACGAGUGUGGUCAUGUCUUUCGGUCUGUAUCAAGCCUUGUUUGAUUCAGUGCCGUUGGAAAAUGGGUUGAAAGAUUUCUUUGGCUCCCAGACAAGUCUCUUCGGGUCUGCGCGAACCCGGCAUCACCAAUGUUCGACCCGAGUGGCUGUGGUUGCCACCGUGGAUUUUGGAAAACGCGCACAACUUAUCACCAGCUACAACCGACCAAAUUUGGGAUCGAGCAGCGACUUUGAGCGCGAAGACGACGAGACCAAAGGAAUGCGAAUUUGGGAGGCGGGGCUUGCGACGUCCGCUGCCCCGUUCUACUUGGCCCCGUUCAAGAAGACGGAGACGGGGAUUCUGUACCUUGACGGUGCAUUGCACAUGAACUGUCCAGCCCCUGGAGCUGUGGAGGAGAUCAGGAAGCUGUGGCCCGAACACCCCCCUUCGCUCGAUGUUCUCGUCUCCAUUGGGACCGGUGUUCAGGACUCGGAAGUCAAGAUUCCCCGGGCGAUCCGAAUCGGGGGUUUCGAGGAGAUCUGCCGGUCCUUCCACAGCAAACUGGACUCUGAGACCCAGUGGCAAGAGUUCGUCGCCAGUAGUGCGACGGACGCUUUCCGUGACCGGCUGCACCGGCUGAAUCCACCGAUCGACGAGAACCUGCAGAAAGUCACGUUGUGGCAGUGGGAUAAAAUGGCCAAGCUGGAAGAGAUGGUGCGGCGACAGAUGAAAGAAAGCGAAUGGAGAAAGCGUAUCGAUGACGCUGCAAAUGACUUGCUGGCCAGUCUCUUCUACUUUGAGCCGCAUGCCAACGAGCCCUCCUCGGCGAACAACCUCACGCCUACGGGGACGCAGCACGUCAAUGGAGCCCCCGAGAUCCACGGGACGAUCCGCUCGCGUCUGCGACACGGCAGUGCCGAGCUGAACCGUCUCCUCGACCGAGUCAAAGGUCUCUUCUAUACGAAGCUUUCCAUGUCCCGGCCGCCGUCGUCGCUUUUGCAGCAUGACCCGUGGACCGAGAUCGCAGCAUUCCACACCGUCAAGGCCCAAGUCAUGGUUUCGCGCCAGCCGUUUCGCGUCCCGGUCCGGCUUGGAGAGACGUCCGAGACCAGGUUGUUGGUGCUGGCGGUGCGGUUCAAGGAGGCUUCGGCGCCGCUCCCUAUCAGCGGGUUUCCGACCCUGUUGCACGACUUGCAUGUGAAGGUUAGAUCGUGGGAUUGA